AGCCCAGCGGAGGAAGGAAGGAAGGAAGGAAAGAAGGAAGGAGGGGAGGAGGAGGAGGAGGAGGAGGAGGAGGAGGAGGAGGAAGAGCGGCGCCCCCGAGCCCCUCCUCGGCUGGUCCCCCAACCGGCUCCCUCUCCUCUCUCUCUCUCUCUCGCCUCUCUUCCCGCGGAGGUGGUCUCGGCUCCUGUGCUGAGAUGACCCCCCCGCGCCCCUCGUGCCCGCACCGCCAUGGACGCCUCCUCUAAUCCUGCCUCCUCCUGCUCCUCCGCUGCUGUCCCUUCGGUCGACGGGCAGGAUGACAGGGCCACGCUUUGGCCCCCUCAGGGCUCUCCUGCCUCUCCAGCCACCAAAGAACCCCCCCUCCUCCUUGCGGACCCUUCCUCCUCCACCUCCCCUUCUGACGAAACCAUGAGGCCCUGCUCCAGUUCCCAAGCAACGCUUGGCUCCGCGAAGCUCCCGGCAGCCAUCUUGCCUGCCCCACAGCUCCAAGCAGACUGUGGCCCAGCGACACGUAACCAGUCCCCCUUCCCACAAGCAACAUCCCCUGAAGAAGAUGGGGAGAAGCAAGAAGCAGAAGGUGGAGAUGAAGCAGAAGAUGGCGGACGCGAGGCCCAGCUCUUCUUCUUUGCCGAAGGCUCAGCCUAUCUCCUCAAUGGCGGCCAUGUUCUCUUACCAAAGGGCUCCCCUAGCACCACGGCUCCCCCAGUGUCCAUCCUCCACGUCCAGCGCGGUGGAGGCCCUAACCAAGGCUUUAUGUCUACUGACCAAAUGUCCCAGAAUACCUCAGCGCCAGGCGAGUGGACUCCUCAUGGCGCCUUCUACAGUUACCGACUGACCGGGCCUGCCGCUCGAACCACAUCUGCCAAAAACGCUCCCACCAAACCCAAAGAUGCCCCCACCGCCCAUGGGGAGGAUGAGGAAAACCCCAAAGGGGAAGCCAACCGUGGCCAAGAAGAGGAGCUACCAGGGACGCCCAUCUGGCUUUGCCUAAUAUGCCGUCUCUCUUUCCGCCGGGGUCGCUCUUUGGCAACUCAUGCCCAUGCAGCCCAUGCGGUGCAGCUGAGCACCAACGAAUGCCAGGCCCUGUCCAGAGAGGCUUCUGCCGUGUUCCAGGGUACCACACUUGGCUUCCUAGAACCAAAUAAUCCCACCAUCAGGGCAGACCUCAAUGCCAGAAUGUGUAGCAGAUGGGUGAAUGUAACGGAAGAGAAGGAAGAGGAGAAGGAAGAAACAAAGAGCCAAGAAAGUCAAUGUGAGCCACCUGAUGCCAAAGAUUCAAGGGUCGGCGGUGCGCACAGGGCCAAGGGGAGUAUGGAGGAGGACAAACCAGAAGAGGAAGAAAAGGAGGAGAAGGAGGAGGCAGUAGCAGCAUUGGCAGCUGAAAACCACAAAGAAGAGGACAGGCUUCUUCCAGACCAAAGCUCAAAUGGCCAAAGCCCACCCAUGGGUGCCAACACCCUCCUCUCAGAAACACCUUUAAUGAAGGCCAACACCUCUGAAGCAACUGCAAGCAUUGGGUUGCUUAAGGAAGAAGUCAGCAUGGAGUUUGCCAAUGAACCUGCAGAGUUUGGGUCAACCAACGAGGUCACCUGUACGGAAUUAGCUGGCAAAGAAGUCAGCGACACCGGAGCAACCACCAAAAUUAGUAACAGCCUAGCCAAUGACACUGAUUCCAGUGGAACUGGAUUGGUCCAUAAUAUUUCGACAGAUGACUUGGUACUCCCUGCCAGCAGUGUUGGGAUGGCCAAUGACAUAUCUAGCAUUGGCUUUGAAAUCAACAACGGGAUAAGCAACAACAGUCACAAUGGAGGGCCCAGCCUUUCCUUUGGUGAGGAUUUUACCACCAUGGCCUACUCUGGGUUGACCUUAUCUGGCCACAUGUCCCUGCUACAUUCACGCAACUCCUGCAAGACUCUUAAAUGUCCCAAGUGCAACUGGCAUUACAAGUACCAGCAAACCUUGGACGUGCACAUGAAAGAGAAACACCCGGAGAACAACAGCCACUGUGCGUAUUGCAGCACUGGGGGGGCACAUCCCCGCCUUGCCAGGGGCGAGAGCUACAACUGUGGCUACAAACCCUAUCGUUGUGAGGCUUGUAACUAUUCCACCACCACCAAGGGCAAUCUCAGCAUUCACAUGCAGUCCGACAAGCACUUAGCCAACCUGCAGGGCUACCAGGCCACGGGAGGAGGCGGGACCUCCUCGGUGGUAGCAGCCCCGCCGGUGACCCCUUCCCCAUCUUCCCCCGAUGAGAAGGAAUCAAAAGGCAAAUCCUCCUGGCAAUGCAAAGUCUGCAGCUAUGAGACCAACAUCUCUCGCAACCUGCGGAUCCACAUGACGUCCGAGAAGCACAUGCAGAAUAUGCUCUUGCUCCAUCAGGGGUUGCCCUUAGCCCUGCCGGGGCUACUGGGGCAACCCCAGGCCCCGCCUGGAGGCAAAACACAGGCCGAGCUCUUCCAGUUCUACGGGGCACAGACCCUCGGGCAUUCCCAUCACCCACAUUCCCAUCAUGCUCACGCUGGGGGCAACCCAGGCCUGCGGAGUGAUAAGCCCAUGGAGCAAACCCAACUGUUGCUCAACGGAGGCUUCGCACACCUCAGUUCAACUGGCAGGAAGAUAGCCGCUUUGGGGUCAGCCCCUGCAUCACUCUCUCCGGAAACCACCACUCCUACUCCAUUGCCACCCCAUUCUGGAUCAGACCUGACAGUUCCCCAGAGAUUGUUUGGCUGCCUGGUGUGCCAAGCAUUCAGCACCGAUAGCCUGGAAGCGCUAUUACGCCAUGCUUCCGUACCACGCUCACUGCCCGAGGCUGAGUGGAAGGAGGUGUCCGGCGACUUACACCGAUGCAGGCUCUGCGCAUAUGGCACCCAGCUGAAGGCAAACUUUCAGCUCCAUCUCAAGACAGACAAGCACGCCUUGAAGUACCAGCUGGCGGCCCACCUGCGAGAAGGGGGCAAUGUUGGAGUGCACCUAGGGGCGGACCUUCCACUUGGCCCACCCCUUCAUUUGCAUUGCAACCUCUGCGAAUAUGAGACCAACAGCAAGGAGAAGAUGCGGUUGCAUGUGGCUGGUGCUGGACACCAGGAGGCACUGCAAGGUUACAAGUUCCUUCUGGAAAUGGAGGCGACGUCGGCUCCAUCCACAGCAGGAUCCGAAUCGGCCCAAUUCCACUGCCUCCUCUGCAACACGGAUGCUCUGAACCGCUUAGUGAUGAUCCAACACCUUCGUUCCCCCCAACACCGAGAUGCGCAUGGCCAGUGGCGCCUCCAGCUUCUUCAGAAUGGUGAAAAUGCUCCGGGCCUGGAGAGAUACAUCUGUUUUGCUCCUGUGAACUCUGCCAGUAGCGAGCCUGCAGGUCGGCCAUUGAAGGCAGCACAGAUGCCCGCGUCCAGCAAUGGCGGGAAGGAAACUACAUCAGACAUUUCAUUCCCUGAAAAAGAAUUGCAGUGUCAAAUUCGGACGUCUGGUUCUAAUGAAGCUGAAACGAAAGCUGGAGGUGUGGGCGAUACUACUGUGUUCUGCUGUCCAUACUGCAACUAUGUCGACCAGUCCACCGAAGCUGUGCGGGCUCACACCAUCUCCCAGCAUGCUGUGCAGCCCAAGUUCCGUUGCCCACUGUGCCAGGAGCAGCUGGUGGGCCGCACCAACCUCCACUUUCACCUCAGCCACAUUCACAAUGUGGUGCCUGAAUGUGUAGAAAAGCUGCUGCUGGUGGCCACCACAGUGGAAAUGACCUUUACCACCAAAGUUAUUCCUGGCCGCAGUGUCUCUCCUGAUCCACCAAAGUCAAGUGGGACACCCAGCUCAGAGCAAGGGGCUGGAAAUGAACCCAAGAGUCCCCUUGUUGCACCAACUGUAAGGGAGAAGACCCCUCCAGCUCCCAUGCUUUGCCCUGGAUCCCCUCCCCCUCCUGCCUCUUCCCCUGCUUUACCUGCAGAUCCACUGGAAAAACCACCUCCAAUCUCUUCGCCGCCUCCGCCGCCGCCACCUCCUCCACCACCACCUCCAGUUGUUCCUCCAGAGUCUGAAGAUGAAGACCCUCCUCGAUCAAAUGCUCCACAUGAGGAGCAGCUGCCACCAUCACAGGUUCCAUCUGAGAUCCCUGAUGUCUCGCUGCUUACUCCUCUCAGCCAAGACCCCCGGCAUCCCCUUUCCUAUCGCAAGGCAACCAAUUUUGCCUUAGAUAAGUUCUUAGAUCCUGCCCGUCCAUACAAAUGUACAGUAUGUAAGGAAUCCUUCACUCAGAAGAACAUUCUCUUGGUGCACUACAACUCUGUCUCCCACCUACACAAGAUGAAGAAGGCCUCAGCUGAUCCCUCAGCGCCAUCCCGGGGUGAGUCGGGCACACCGGGGACUCUCCAGCCAUCCUCAGACAAGCCCUACAAGUGUACCACUUGCCGGGUCUCAUACAACCAAAGUUCUACUUUGGAGAUCCACAUGCGAUCAGUUCUGCACCAGACCCGUUCCCGUGUAGCCAAGAUGGAAGCUGCUGGCAAAGCAGAACUGCCGCCUACUGAAUCAGAACAUCUAAAUGAGACACCAUUGGAAACCGAGGUCCCCAACUGUGUGCAGGUACCAGCACUUCCAUUUUUGGCACCAUCCACAGCAGAACUACAACGCUUCCCCACACCCUUAUUUACACCACCGCUGCUUCCACCCUUUCCAUUGGUACCAGAGUCUCUCUUAAAACUCCAGCAGCAGCAGCAACUCCUGCUACCCUUUUAUUUACAUGAUCUCAAGGUGACCCCUAAGCUGGCUUUAGCUGCCCCAGCACUGACACUCCCAACCACACCACCUGUGUUGCUGCCAUCCAUGCCAACCAAGGAAGAGCAAGCACCAGCAAUUGCCAACAACCCUAAACCUGAACCAACUGAAGAAGCUGAAGUGGAGGAGGCAGAGGGGAGUCAGCCAGGAAAUGAGGCAUCCCGUACAGCAGCCAAAGCCCUUCUGGAAAACUUUGGCUUUGAGCUUGUGAUCCAGUACAACGAGGGCAAGCAGCCUGCCACAGUCGCUCCAACCAUUGCCCCACGUCCUCCGGUGGGCAAGCUGCAGUGCGGCACAUGUGGGAAACAAUUCUCCAACAUGCUGAUCCUAAAAACACAUGAGGAGCAUGUCCACCGGCGGUUCUUGCCUUUUGAGGCACUUAAUCGCUAUGCUGUGCAGUUUCGGAAAAGUUAUGACAGCAUGUAUCCGCCCCUGCCACCAGUACUACCCAUUGAAACUACCACCGCUUCUUCUUCUUCCGCCACUACAACUGCCGCAAACACCACCCCAAUAGAGACUACCACAGUCACUGUUACACCAGCUCCCAUGCCCCAGGAGAUUCCCUCCCUCUGUCCUCCUUUUUUAAUGCAACCCAUGCCUGUGGUGGUCCCACAACCAGAAGUUGAAACCCCCCGUGUGUCUCCCGAACACUUGAAGUCUCUAUGGUUUCGAGGGGAGGAGGAGGAAGGUGGCAGUGCCUCUGGAGUGCUGGAACCAUCUCGGACAAAUUUCCCAACAACCCGGCGCUUUUCUCGUACCAAAUUCACUGAGUUCCAGUCUCAGGCUUUGCAGUCCUUCUUUGAGUCCAGUGCUUACCCUAAAGAUGGAGAGGUUGAGCGGCUGUCAGCUCUCUUGGGUUUGCCCAACCGCGUCAUUGUGGUUUGGUUCCAAAAUGCCCGUCAGAAGGCCCGGAAGUGUGGAGGUGAAGCUGGCAUGGCCAGUGGAAGUCUUAACACACAGCCUACCUGCAAGAAGUGCCGGAUAUCCUUCCGCUGCAUCUUUGAGCUUGUGCGCCACCUCAAAAAAUGCUACAAUGACCAGCCUGAAGAAGGAGAUGGAUAUGGAGUGGAGGAAGAUAACGAGGGCCCUGAGGAUGAAGAACAGGAGGAAGAAGAUGAAGAAGAAAAGGAAAAGGAAGAGCCUUCAGGUACAGAGGGGGAAACUAAGACAGAUGAUACAGAAGAAAAAGUCCCAGAGGAGGAACAGCCAGCCCCAGCAGAUCCAUUAGAAGGUUCAAGCAACCAUGUAUGUGAUCAGUGCCCAGCUACUUUUUCAAGUGCUGACCUCCUCAGUGUCCACCGUACCAGUCAUAUGCCAGCAACUGCUCCUCCACCACCCACCACUGGCCCUUCCCCCUCUCUAGAUUUGCCACCCUUAGCAUAUUGUGAACGUACCGCCUACCCGGAUUCAUCUCGGGCACAAAAGCGGAAGCAUGAGGAUGGGAGCUUGUCACCCACUGGGAGCGAAUGUGCCAGCAUGGCAGGUGGGGAUAGCGAGCCCCCCCGGGACAAGCGCCUCCGCACCACCAUUUUGCCAGAGCAGUUGGAGAUUCUGUUCCGCUGGUACAUGCAGGACUCUAAUCCGACACGGAAGAUGCUCGAUUGUAUCUCUGAAGAAGUUGGGCUCAAAAAGAGGGUAGUCCAAGUGUGGUUCCAGAAUACAAGAGCCCGCGAGAGGAAGGGCCAGUUUCGGUGUAACACCAGCACCACUAUUCCAAACAGUAAGCCCUCACCAUCGCUCCCCACUACUUUCCCAAAAUUCAGCCCUUCACCACGAGAUCCAUCUAUCCAUUAUGGAGCUUCCUUCACCUCCAGCCUCCCUGUGGUGAGCUUGCAGCUGCCACUAGCUAAGCCUGAAGUUCCUGCUGAUGUAAACAUACAGGAAGAAGCAGCUGAAGAAGAGUUAUCCAAGGAGAAUGAAGAUCGGAGCCUGUCAGGAGGAGAGCUAAGUGACUCGUCCUCAUCCUCAUCUUCAUUAGCUGAUCUGGAUUUCUCCAGUAACCGGCGGAGUCGAGCAGUGGAUGGUGGAUCUGGAGGCAUGCAUGACUCUUUGGGCCAGCGCCGCUAUCGGACACAGAUGUCCAGCAUCCAGUUGAAGAUCAUGAAGGCUUGCUACGAGGCCUAUCGAACUCCCACCAUGCAGGAGUGUGAGGUGUUAGGUGAGGAGAUAGGGUUGCCCAAGCGGGUAAUCCAGGUCUGGUUUCAGAAUGCCAGAGCAAAGGAGAAAAAGGCUAAGGCAGCCACUGGUGAUGAGGGCACCCCCAAUGCUCAGGCUCAGUCUGAGUGCCCCUACUGUGAAAUCAAAUAUGAUUUUUAUGUGUCUUGCCGUGGACACCUCUUCUCUAGGGGCCAUCUUGCCCGACUCAAGGAAGCUAUCAAGGCCCAGCUCAAGAGUGAGAGCAAGUGCUAUGAGUUUGUGCCAGACAAAGGGACACCAUCUCCAACCAGGUUGGGCUCCUCAGUGCCUCCCACCACUGUGUCAUCUUCCCUGGGAAGCAUGGCACCCUUUGUGCCAGGUCCAUCUUCUUCCUCUGGAGUUCUGAGCAACCCUUUGUCCGCCAGCCAGCCAGGCCCUCCUUUACCUCAACAGCUUACUCCAGAGCCGGCUCAGCUUGGUCCUGCAACAGAGCCUGCUCCUGUUCCUGAGGCUGCCCCAAGCGACAGCCAGGCAGACCCCUCUUCAAAUCCAGCCCAGGAACCCUCCUUGUCCUCCACUGCCACACUGAAGAACCUCAAGACGUUAAAGGCCGCCGUUCCAGCUCUCUUGGGUGGCCAGUUCCUGCCCUUCCCUUUGCCGGCAGCCACAGCCGCGGCCCCCUCACUGUUUGGUGCCCAGCUGCCUGGGGCUUACUUCCAGCAGCUUUACGGCAUGAAGAAGGGGCUCUUUCCCAUGAAUCCUGUCAUACCUCAGACACUUAUGGGGCUGCUGCCCAGCCCCCUGCUCCCAACGCCCACGCCUGAGCCACCUGUGGAGGUAUCAGAGGCCCCUGGCAUCUCUACGGUUGACGUGACUCACCAGUACCUUUGCCGCCAGUGCAAGGCAGCCUUUGAGAGUGAAGGGGCAGCUGCUGCCCACCAGGCUGCUUUCUGCUACUUUGGGCGCCAGCCCCCUGCUGCCCCACCUCCGCUGCGGGUGCCCGUGUGCACCUACCAUUGCCUGGCCUGUGAGGUGCUUGUGAGCGGACGUGAGGCGCUGGGGGCCCACCUGCGCUCCAGCGCUCACCGGCGCAAGGCCGGAUCCAACGCAGCAACCGCAUCGGUGUUUGCCAAAGAGGAAUCCAAAUUACCUCACUCGGACUCCAACCCAAAAAGUAACGCUACCUCUACGACACUACUAGCUUUAUAGAGACGGAUGCUACACUGCCACCAUUGAGAGAGAAUGACUAAUGAACCAGCCAGUGGUGGGGUGGAUACCACUUGAGUGCCACCCCUGCCCAAAUCCAAUAACCCUCAUGCAAAGCCCAACUCAACCUCUCCCUUUUCUUACUGCCAGCAAGGAAGAGCAAACAGCACAUAUAAGUGAUAGAAGCCCACCAACUGCCCGAGCCAAUCCCAGUCAUUCACUCAUCUCAGACCCCACUCUUUGUUCCAAAGUGUGCACAUCUUGUGCCACUCAUUUUGUAGAAUUGUCACUUGCCCCUGAGGUUGAACAGGAAUGCAGUCUGUCCAUACAGAAUGGCUUUGUGCUCUUUCUAUGGUAUAGGAUUGGUUUGGAUGAAGGAAAUGGGACUUCUUAUAGAACAAGGCUGAAAACCUUGCUUUUCUGCAGAUGUUGCUGCAGGGCACUUCCCAGCAUUCCUGACUACCAGCUGUGCUGGUCAAGGUCGCUGAGACUUGCCUGUCUAACAGCUCCAAAAAGGCUGCAUGAAUGCCAACCCCAGUAUAGAAUAUGGAAGUUAUUUUCCUUGACCUAAGCAAAUCCUUUUGACACUUCUGCCUACACCGACUCACAUAUCUUUGCCAACUAAACUGAUCAGCCCUAUCCUAUAUACCAUCCCAUGUGUCACUUGAGCCUGAUUCCCUACCUCUCCAACUAACCUGCCUCCCAAAACUGGAUCCUACUUGGACCGCCAGAGCUGACCAAAUCCAAUAUGGAUGCCAGCUCUCAUCCAUUCCCUCUCGCUUACCAGUGUAUUCCAGUCUUCCAUCUCCUGUGGCAUACACAUGUACCUCAUGUGAGAGUUGCUUAUUGUUCAGGACUCCCAUUGCAUCUUAGAAGAACUUUUUGAUAUUUCUGCCAAGAAUCUCAAGAUGAACCCUGCCAUUUUACGCUCACAUGUUCCCUAUACUUAGGGCUUUUCACCUGUGGGUGAGUUCUCCCUACACCUUUUGUAUCCCCAGGCAGCAACAUCUCUCCUCACAUCAAUGGAAAUGCUCUCAAAUUACUCCAUCUCGUCUUACAUAUUUCCCCCUUUACAUUGCCACAUGUGGCCCAAAGCCCUUCUCUUGCCACAAGUGUGCUCAGACCUUCCUUUAAAACAGCAGCUGGCACACUCUCGACAACCUUGUGCACCCAAGUCUCCUCUCUCUCUUUUACACACACACCUGUUAGAGCUCCCUCUCUCACACUCACCUUCCACCCUUUUACUGUGUUACAAACUGAAGAAGGCCAAAAAAAGCAAAGCAAACAAAAAGUAUGGACAGAAUGAAAAUGAUGAACCCAAGGAGACAAAACUUAGGGGAGGGUGGGGGGCAAGAUGAGAAACUGAGUCCCCCCUCCCCACCCCCACCCCUCCCAGAGCAUGCGCUGCCCAUUGUGUAUAAAAAUGACCGUCAAGGAUGGAUGGACAGACUCCCGAACUGUUGAUGGAUUUGAACGACUUGAACAGCAACCAAACAGGGAAAGAAAAAGGCAUUGCUUUUUUCUUUCCCACCAUUUCUUUUUUCCUCUCUCUCCUCCUCCUCCUCCCCAGUUGGGUCUUUACCUGCCCCGGGGAACCAAAUAAAACCGACAACCUCGCUGUCUUUUUCCUCCUGAUAGACGUGACUUCCGUCUCUGUGCGGGAAACGACACAAAACCUACUCCAAUGGCUUUAAAAAAACCCGAAAACCAGAAGGAUCCUCCCGUCAUGCACACACAGCCAUGCGUCGUGUGCCGACGUCCUUGCAAAAAAGAAAAAAGAAAGAAAAAAAGAAAAAAAACACAAAAAACCCUCUUUAUGAAUCCAAAGCUCUUAAAAAACUUCUAUACAAUAACCAAAAAAUAUGAAAACCAACAGUGAGAGAGAGACUACCCACUAACAAAAAGGAAUAAUAAAAAGCAAACUGGAAAUAAUUUUUUAAAAGAAAAAAGACAUAAGAUGAUGAAGAAAAAAGUCAACCUUUUACAUUUCCCCGUCCUCUUUGUGUCAAUUCUUUUGGGGUUCCUUUUCCUGUUCUUUUCAUUCCUUCCCGUUACGUGUUUUGACGUCCUCCCAAGCCAACCAAGAUGGACGUGAAUUUUAAGAAGUUGAUGAAAGUGGAAACCUGUGGGGUAGAAAAAGGGGUUAAAGAAAAAGCCGCACUUAACCAAACGAACUACAUAUGGGGUGUUAAAGAGGGAUGGGGUUCUUCAGUGGCUCGCCCUCUGGACCACCCUGUUUUCCUCAGAACCCCCUUCUCCCCACAACUUUACACCCCAAAUGGGGAGAAGGGAAAAUGUCUUUCUGUUGUGUAUUUAAAGGGGGGGAUGGGGAACAAUAAAAAAGAAAUAAAAUUAUAUUAAAGAGA